GCUGACCGACCGUUGCUACCUGACGCUGAUGUGCGCCAUGCAUCUGUACUUCGGCGGCGCGCCCGCCGGGCCCGCCGGCACCGGCAAGACUGAGACCACCAAGGAUCUGGCGAAGGCUCUCGCUGUGCAGUGCGUUGUAUUCAACUGUUCAGACCAGCUCGACUUCAUGGCCAUGGGAAAAUUCUUCAAAGGACUGGCUGCGUCUGGGGCUUGGGCGUGUUUUGACGAGUUUAACCGAAUCGACAUCGAAGUGUUAUCCGUGGUCGCUCAACAGGUGGUGACUAUUCAGAAGGCUCAAGUGGCUCACCUAGAGAAGUUCAUAUUCGAAGGCUGCGAGCUCCCUCUGAAGGCGUCUUGCUCCGUCUUCAUCACCAUGAACCCUGGAUACGCGGGUCGCACGGAACUCCCUGACAACUUGAAAGCGUUGUUCCGUCCGAUUGCCAUGAUGGUGCCGGACUAUGCUCUGAUCGCGGAGAUCUCUCUGUUUUCGUACGGGUUCUUCGAGGCCAAGAUCCUGGCUGGGAAGAUCACUACUACCUUCAGGCUGAGCUCGGAACAGCUGUCGUCACAGGACCAUUACGAUUUCGGCAUGCGUGCGGUGAAGACAGUGAUUCUCGUGGCCGGCAACUUAAUUCGUCAGAUGCCAGACGGCGAAGAGCGGCAGAUCGUGCUCCGCGCGCUAAGAGACGUCAACGUGCCCAAGUUCUUGGCUGACGACCUGCUUCUGUUCAACGGUAUUAUAUCAGAUUUGUUCCCACGUGUCGAGAUUCCAAUCGUGGACUAUGGCAUCAUGGAGCAAUCCAUCAGGAAUAUACUCGUGAAGAGGGGAUACGAUGAUCUUUACACGUUUAUUUUCAAAGUGAUCCAACUCUACGAGACGACGGUCGUGCGACAUGGACUGAUGUUGGUUGGCCCCGCCGGCGCUGGAAAGACUAAGUGCUAUGAGAUCCUCCGCGAUGCUUUGACUGCGAUCAAGGGCAAGUUAGCGCCGGAUGGGUUCCCGUUCACGCCGGUACACACCUUCGUCGUCAACCCCAAGUCGAUCACCAUGGGCCAGCUGUACGGGGAGUUUGAUAUGCAGACACAUGAGUGGACAGACGGCAUCCUGUCGAGCCUGGUCCGCGGCGGCAUUGCCGUGGAAGACAUGGACAAGCGCUGGUACGUGUUCGACGGGCCCGUCGACGCCGUCUGGAUCGAGAACAUGAAUACUGUUUAG